UGGGAAAACACGUGUUUGAGGAAACAAACGCAAUCCUACUUUUCAUUUCUGAUCAGUUUCGUAGUUUUGCGCAGUUUUCGCUCGGUUCUGCAGGAUUCUCUCCACGAUGGCGUCCAGGAAGUCGCCGGGCGGCGACGAGCGCUUCACUCGCGUGCAGAAGGACCCGCGCUUCUGGGAAAUGCCCGAGAGGGAACGCAAGGUCAAGAUCGACAAGCGCUUCCAGUCCAUGUUCCACGACAAGCGCUUCCAGGUGAAGUCCACGGUGGACAAGCGGGGCCGUCCCAUCAACCACACGUCCUCCGAAGACCUGAGACGCUUCUACAAACUGGACUCCGAGGACGAAGAGGACGAAGAGGACGUGAAGAGAGAGAAGCUGACGGAGAGCAAGAAGCUGACGGAGAGCAAGAAGCUGAAGGAGAGAGAGAAGCUGAAGGAGAGAGGGAAGCUGAAGGAGAGAGGGAAGAAGACGAAGGAGAGCGAGAAGCUGACGGAGAGGGAGAAGCUGACGGAGAGGAAGAAGACGGUGAAGCUGGUGAAAGUGGAGAGAGAAGCUCAGCAGGAGGAAGAGGAGGAGGAGGAGGAGGAGGAGGGGGGGGUGGGGGGUGUCGACCUGGGAGACAGUGUCACAGAUGACAGUGAGGAGGAUGAAGAUGAAGCAGAGGAGCAAAGCGAGGUUGGAAGUGGAUCUGAGGAGGAGGAGGAGGAGUCCGGUCUGGAGUCGGACUCGGACAGUGACAGCGGGCCGGACCUGGCCCGAGGGAAAGGAAACAUGGAGACCAGCUCGGAGGAAGACAGCGAUGAAGAGCUGGACGCCGUGCUGAGGAAAGAGGAAGAGGAGAUCGAGCACAACUGGGGCGAGUUGAGCAAAGACGCUCGGCGAAGUGACGAGGUUUCCGCUCGACUGGCCGUCUGCAACAUGGACUGGGACCGCAUGAAGGCCAGAGACCUGCUGGCACUGUUCAACUCCUUCACACCACAGGGGGGCGCUGUGCUGUCUGUCAAGAUUUACCCGUCGGAGUUUGGGAAGGAGCGUCUGAAGGCGGAGGAGACCCAGGGCCCGAUGGAGCUGAAGGCACUUCCUGAAGACCCCGAGGAGGACACCGAGGAGGAGAGGGUUCACAGGGAGAAGAUGCGUGACUACCAGUUCAAGCGCCUCAGAUAUUUCUACGCCGCGGUGGAGUGCGACUCGGCGGAAACGGCCGCUAAGCUCUACGAGGAGUGCGACGGCUUCGAGUACGAGAGCAGCUGCUCGGUGAUCGACCUCCGGUUUAUUCCCGAUGACGUCACGUUUGGGGAGGAGCCCAGCGACGUGGCGACGGACGUGAACCUGUCGGCGUACACGCCCAAACUGUUCAGCUCGUCGGCCACGGCCACGUCCAGGGUGCAGCUGACCUGGGACGAGAUGGACCACGACCGGGUGACGGCCUUCAACAGGAACUUCAACAAGGACGAGCUGCUGGACAUGGACUUCAACGCCUACCUGGCCUCCUCCAGCGAGGAAGAGGAGGGUGGAGACGGAGCGGUGGAGUUUGGAGAGCAGGCGAGCGGAGACAGCGGCGGCGAGGCGGAAGCAGGAGAGACAGAAGAGACGAAGGAGAAACCUCAGGAGGAAGAAAAGAGGAAGAAAAAGAAGAAGGGCGAGGAUCAGAUCUCUAAGUACAGAGAGCUGCUGAACGGGAUCCGGAACAAAGAGAAGAAGCUGCAGGACGACCAGGACAUGGAGAUGGAGAUCACCUGGGUGCCAGGCCUGAAGGAGACGACCGAGCAGCUGGUGAAGAAGAAGCUGGAGGAGCAGGACGAGCUGACGCCCUGGGAGGAGUUCCAGAGGAAGAAGAAGGAGCGGAGGAAGCAGAAGAAGUCUCAGAACAAACCGGAGGCGGCAGAGGACCAACUCAGUGACGAUGAACUUCCUGCAGACGUGGACCUCGGCGACGCCUUCUUCACCGAGGAGCUCGGAGCGGCAGAUCUGAAGAAACAGAAGAAGAAGAAGAAGAAGAAGCAGCUGGAGGAAGAGGAGCGAACGGCUGAGGAGGAAGAAGAGCUGGAAAAACAAAAGGCGGCGAUGGCCCUGCUGAUGGAGGACGACGCAGACGAGCUCAAACACAAACACUUUAACUUCGAUGAGAUCGUGGAGCAGCAGAACUUGAGCAAGAAGAAGAGGAAGAAGCUGCUGAAGAAGGGGGAGGAGCCUCUGGAGAACGACGACUUCCAGGUGGACGUUAAAGACGCUCGUUUCCAGGCCAUGUUCACGUCCCACCUGUUCAACCUGGAUCCGUCCCACCCCAGCUUCAAGAAGACCAAAGCCACUCAGAGCAUCGUGGCCGAGAAGCAGCGCCGGCGAGAGCGGCGGCGGAGGGACGAGGACCUCGGCGCUGCGUCGGCCACACGGACAGAGCCGCACGCCGCAGCUGAACAGGAAGUGACGGGAGAGAACGUGCAAAGUGACUGUGAUGCUGCGACGGCGAAGCAGCCGAUGGAGCCGAGUCUGUCUCUGCUGGUCAAGUCCAUCAAAAGCAAAACGGAGCAGUUCCAGGCCCGAAAGAAACAGAAGCUCGUGUAACGACUGAGGACUUCUGACGGACUGAGACUGAUGACAGCUUCCUGUGCUCGUGUGUCCUGAUGACAGCUUCCUGUGCUCGUGUCUCCUGAUGACAGCUUCCUGUGCUCGUGUGUCCUGAUGACAGCUUCCUGUGCUCGUGUCUCCUGAUGACAGCUUCCUGUGCUCGUGUCUCCUGAUGACAGCUUCCUGUGCUCGUGUCUCCUGAUGACACGUCACUGUGUCAUACGGGGACACAACAGGAAGAUGUUAAAGAAUUAAACUGAAAUGUUCACAAAUGUUUGACGCUCAUCUCUCCAAACACCUGCAGUGCUUUAGUUUGAGAUGGUUUUAUAAUAUUUAAUGAGUCAGAAUCAGAUUGAAUGGUUUAAAGAUUGUUUCCACACAUGAUGUGUGUGUACAUGUUGUGUAGUUGGUGUUUGUGAAGAAACAGCAGGAUGUCGGGUCCGACUUGUGGGAACAUCCAGGCGAGGGGCGGAGCCUGUAGAGCAGCAGGAGGCGGGACCUGACGUAUAAACUCUGCUGUGGACAGAUCAGUGUUGUUGUUUCCAGCUCCUCCACACGGCGUCGGCCUCAUCACCAGAAGAUCUGGAAUCUCCUCGUGUUUCCAAGGUGACGUCUUCGUCUUCUACGUGUCCGGCUCCUCUUCUUCAUCCUGAGAUCUUUGUGUUCUUCAGUUUCACGUCACGUGUUAGAAACCUCAUCACUCGCUCACUGAGAAGCUUCCACACAUGGUCCUGCUGGUUCCUCACAUGGUUUCACUCCCACAUGUUACACACAUUUUACAACUAAGCCGCAGGAGAAGAUCCAGAAUAAACUCUUUAUUACAGUCUGUUAGAAAACAUUAAUUGUAUCUGUUAAUAAAGUUGUACAAUUUAAAGGAGAAACA